UUCCUCCGCCAGCAGCCGCAAACCAGCGCCGCAACCGACAGCCAUGGCAUCCGUCGCCGCAGCCACCGCUCCGGCCGCCCUCCGGGCCUCCGACAUCCUCGGGACUCGCCUCAACGUCGCCGUCGCGACUCGCGCAGCCCCCGCGUCGCCGGCCGGGGGGCCCUCCAAAGUCGUGGCGCUUUUCUCCAAGAAGAGCUCCGCCGCCAAGGCGAAGGCAGCUGCAGCUUCUCCGGCGAGCGAGGAGCUCGCCAAGUGGUACGGUCCCGACAGGAGGAUUUUCUUGCCGGAGGGGCUCCUGGACCGGUCGGAUGUCCCAGAGUAUCUCACCGGGGAAGUCCCCGGAGACUACGGCUAUGAUCCUUUUGGGCUGAGCAAGAAGCCUGAAAACUUCGCCAAAUAUCAAGCUUAUGAGCUCAUCCAUGCGAGGUGGGCUAUGCUCGGUGCGGCUGGGUUCAUCAUCCCUGAGGCUUUUAACAAAUAUGGUGCAAAUUGUGGCCCUGAAGCUGUCUGGUUCAAGACUGGUGCUCUUCUUUUGGAUGGAAAUACAUUGAACUACUUUGGCAAAAACAUUCCGAUCAAUCUCGCUUUGGCUGUCAUUGCCGAAGUUGUGCUUGUUGGGGGUGCUGAAUACUACAGAAUUACCAAUGGACUCGAUUUGGAGGAUCAGUUGCAUCCGGGAGGUCCAUUCGAUCCCCUCGGUCUCGCUAAUGAUCCAGACCAAGCUGCGAUUCUUAAGGUGAAGGAGAUAAAGAACGGCCGGCUAGCCAUGUUUGCGAUGCUUGGUUUCUUCGUGCAGGCCUAUGUCACCGGGGAAGGACCAGUGGAGAACCUCGCCAAGCAUCUUAGUGACCCAUUUGGAAACAAUUUGCUUACUGUGAUCUCCGGAGCAGCCGAGAGAACUCCGACUCUGUAAAUCUCGCAUUCUUAUCAUGUAAGACAACGACAACAGCCCGUGCUUAGCAAAACAUUGUCGAUUAACUUGAAACUUAAAAAUCGAUAGAUGUUUGUAUCAUGGAAUUCACUUGACUAGGCUCGAAUUGAAUGUGCCACAGACCAAUGGAGGGAAAACCUGAUGUUUCAAAUACAUGAGAUUUACGAGUA